AUGGCAUCUCCACCACCUCCACCCCCCUAUAGCGACCCAAACCAACAUGCUUACCCACAAGGUUACGCCCAACCAGAUCCCUAUGGUCAACAACAAGCUCCCCCUGCUGCGGGAGGCUAUAGCCAAGACCCACCCUAUGGUCAACAAGCUUAUGGUCAGCCCGCUCCAACUCCACAAGCUUCCGGUCCUCCUCCGCCUGCCGGUUCUGCACCGGGUCCCCAUGGGGGGCGAGGCAAGAGACGUGGAUAUGCAGAGGAGCAAUAUGAUUUCGGCGCUGGGGCAAAUGCGGGCCUCACACCUGCCCAAAAUCCACUUUAUGCAGGCCAGUCGAUGGGUGGCUAUCCGAACACGCAGGAGCAACAACAGAGUCAAUUUGUUUCGCCCAUGGGGGGUGCACCUCCUGUGAUGGGAGCUCAAGGGGGCUAUGGUGUGCCGCAGGGAAUGUCUGGUGCCGGUGCAGGAAAUAUCGCAGCAGGAGGAUACGAACCUGUGGGGGCACCUGGAAUGGGUGGUGUCACCCAGAGUUUUGGACAGAUGGGCUUGACUCCCGCCGGUGGUAUUCAGAAGGUCCAAUCGCUCAAUACGCUUUUCCCUAUAGAUUUGAUGCAGCAGCCAUUUAAUGUGGCCGAGCUUGAGAUUCCACCACCAGAAAUAAUUUUGCCACCUAAUGCUUCCCUCACACCUUCCCCUACUGCAAAUUGCCCACCUCAGUAUAUGCGUUCCACUAUAAAUGCUAUUCCAACCACUCACGGCCUCCUGAAAAAAUCCAAGCUUCCAUUCGCCCUCAUCAUCCAACCUUACACCUCUCUCCACGAUAAGGAUGAUCCAGUUCCUCUUGUAUCCGAUACAGUUAUCUCCCGCUGUCGGCGUUGUAGAUCAUACAUUAAUCCAUACGUAACAUUUUUAGACAAUGGUCAUCGCUGGCGCUGCAAUAUGUGCAACCUUACCAAUGACGUUCCGCAGGCUUUCGACUGGGACCAAGCAGCACAAAAGAAUUUAGACCGAUGGCGGCGGCCCGAGCUCAACCACAGUGUCGUGGAAUUCAUUGCCCCUCAGGAGUACAUGGUUCGCCCUCCACAGCCAUUGGUUUAUCUUUUCCUUCUGGACGUUAGCUACAGUGCCGUUCAGUGCGGCCUUCUUGCAACAGCUGCCAGGACGAUUCUCGAAAGUUUAGACAGAAUACCGGAUGCAGAUAGACUAAAGUCGAUCCUCAACCCAUUCCUGCCAAUCCCGGGUGACCUGUUGGUGCCUUUGACCGAGUGUAAGGAAGGUAUUGAGAACCUAUUAGGGAAACUCCAGGAUAUGUUCCAGAACUCGCAGAAUGGCUCGAGCUGUAUGGGUAGUGCUCUACAGGCAGGACACAAACUAAUUUCUGCGAUUGGAGGUAAAAUAAUUGUUUUGACAGCGACAUUGCCCAGUUUGGGAGCUGGAAAAUUGGAGAAUCGGGAGGACAAGAAGCUUCUUGGAACUAGCAAGGAAAGUUCGUUAUUACAGACAGCCAACAGUUUUUACAAGUCGUUUGCGGUGGAAUGCUCCAAGAAUCAGGUAUCCGUGGAUAUGUUUUUAUUCUCAAACAGCUAUCAAGAUGUCGCCUCACUCAGUAAUCUGCCCAGGUACACCGGUGGCCAGACCUACUUCUAUCCGGGCUGGAAUGCCACUAGAAGCGAAGACGCCAUCAAAUUCGCAAGAGAGUUUUCAGACCAUCUAUCAGCUGAGAUAGCACUCGAGGCUGUUAUGAGAGUCAGGGCUACAACCGGGCUGCGGAUGCAGACCUUCUACGGCAACUUCUUCAACCGGUCUUCUGAUCUUUGUGCCUUCCCUGCCUUCCCUCGUGACCAGGGAUAUGUUGUCGAAGUGGCUAUUGACGAGCCUCUUGGGAAGCAAUUUGUCUGUAUGCAGACUGCAGUCUUGCAUACAACUUGCAAUGGGGAGCGUAGAAUUCGCAUCAUGACAUUGGCCCUACCAACCACCCAGAAUCUUUCGGACGCUUACGCGUCCGCUGACCAAGUAGCCAUAACCAUGUACUUUAGUCACAAAGCUGUGGAGAAGACCCUGAGCAGCGGAUUGGAGCAAGCCAGAGAAGCGCUGCAAGCCAAAUUGACUGAACUAUUGAUCACGUUCAAGAAAGAGCUCACAGUCAGUCACCUUGGGGCUGCUACACCCCUCUCAUUCGCCGCAAACCUGAAGGGGCUUGUGGUCCUGUUCUUGGGCUUAAUGAAACACGUCGGGCUCCGAAAAUCUGCUCAAAUCCCUACCGAUCUUCGCUCUGCUGCCCUCUGUCUCCUUUCGACCUUGCCGGCACCUAUGCUAAUGCAGUACAUUCACCCAAAGUUCUAUUCGCUUCACGAUAUGCCUGAUAGCUGUGGGCUUCCCGGCCCAGCCGGGGGUGAAAUAAUUCUCCCCCCUGCCAUGAACCUUUCCUCAGAGCGCCUCGCUCCCUUUGGAUGCUACUUGAUUGACGAUACGCAAAUUCAAUUCCUUUGGAUCGGGCCACAAGCUGUUCCUCAGUUGGUGCAGGAUGUCUUUGGUCUACCUGGUGUAGAACAUGUCAAAGUCGGAAAAACCACUCUCCCUCACCUUGAAGGCACUGGGGCAGAAUUCAAUAAACGUGUCAGAGCAGUUGUUGAAAAGAGCCGCAACCACAAAUCUAAAAUGGUCGGCUCUAUCACUGUUCCUCACCUCUAUGUGGUGCGCGGGGACGGCGAGCCAUCCUUGAGACUCUGGGCCCAAACCAUGUUGAUCGAGGAUAGGACCGACCAAGGGGUUAGCUUGGGGCAGUUCCUUGCCCAACUAAAAGAAAAGGUCAACAACUCGUGAUCUCGAUGCAAAUAUUACCACCGAAUAGACAUGGGUAGGCGAGCAAUUGCGCGAAACAGCUUUGUUCUGAAAGUUUUUCCCUAUUUAUUUAUUUUUUCCUCUCGCUGCUGGGGUUUGAAGAAAACAAAUUGCACUGGAGUGGUUUGUGCAGACUUGUAAUUUGAUUGCGGUGUGGCCUUUCUGUACCCGUUUGCUAUGAGCCCAGCGAAAAAUAAUUUACGGCCAUAAGUUUGA